AUGCCACAGAGCUACCAGGAUGAAUUCAUUGGGUACUGUUUUGACCGCGGCAUCCUCAGGACUGGCACGGACCAGACAUACACCCUACAUGACUUGGCAGCCUGUUUGCAGAAGAAGUCCCAGGCUAAGCUCAUAUCGAGCAGAGCCACAGCACUCUAUCAAUCCGAGAAUGGGCUGCAGCACUCAGUGGCAGAAGUGUCGUCUGCUGCUCAGGAGGAGGAGGGGGGCUUCCUCCUGGAGUUCUAUGUGCCGCCCAAGUCAUCCAAGCCCAAAGUGAGUUCCUCUGACAGAUGUUGUGGAGGUGUGGAACACCAUGCCCCUGGAAAUGCCAGACACGGACAACACCUUUGUCCUCUGGACAUACACAAGACCCCUCAGCACUGUGCUGGCCCCUCAGAGCCCCACUGUCAGACCCUGUUGGCCUUUCAUUUGCAUCCCACCCACAUCCCUCUAGAACGCUUCCUCCAGUCACUGGAGUCCAACAGGCCUGGAGCAGGUGAAUCGCCCCACUCUGAGACGGACACCUCUCUGACCUGCUAUCCAUGGUUCCACGGUACACUGUCUCAAGUGCAAGCUGCGCAGCUGGUGUUGGUGGGCGGAGCCCGGAGCCACGGCCUCUUUGUGAUUCGCCAGAGCGAAACGCGGCUGGGAGAAUACGUCCUUACAUUCAGCUUCCAGGGCAAAGCCAAGAGCUCAGAGCGUCUCGGAUGUCCACCCAUACCAGAGAGCCUGGCUGUCGGAACUGCCUCCACCAAUCGGCACACUUAUUUCCCCAAGCUUUGCAGGUGGAUGGCGCAUCUGUGGACUCUCCCCCCCAGCUCCCCUGCUCUGCCCCGCAUCCCGCCUCCCUUCCCCAGACUUGAGGAUGGUAGUGGUGGGGGAUUACUGAGUCGCAGUGGCAGCACAGAGUACCUGCUGCCGCGCUCUGGUGGCUCUGCUGAUGAACAGCAGGAGAGUGAGGGCACACAAAGGACACGAGCAGUGGAGAACCAGUACUCUGUCUACUGAGGAACCUUGAAGUAAUCUAUUACUGACUGCAUCAGAAUCACAUAUCGGUUUUGUCAAAACUGGAACUGCUGCCAUAAUAGAGAUUUUGCAGGUGGUGGAAUAUUCUCCUGAAUAGUUUUUUUGUGAUAAAAUGUAAGAUAUCUUUUCAGUGCUCAUUGUAUGCCAUACCUCAAACCUACAAGGUGGAAUUCCCCACAUUUAUCCCCUGACUAGAACACAACUGAAUCCCACUAAGGGAGAAGGAAUGGAUGGGUACGUGCAGUGAACGACUUAAAAUGUCAGUGCUAAGACAUGACAAAGAAGGGGAGGAUUAUAUACACCCCAGUGGAUGGAACUGUUCAACCUUUAUUCCUCCCAGAUGUAGUGAAGGAGAUCCUCUGUGAUCCCCUCUGAGCAAAAGACAAUGUGACCCCAUGUCUGUACCACAUUGAUUCUCUGAGUUUCAUAAAUCUCUUGGCUCCAUGGAAUAUUUACCAUUAGUCAACAGGGCGCAAUACUCCCUUUUAAAAACAUGUUCACUAAAAUGUUACUGUGCUUGCUACCAGACCUUGGUUCAUAUACAAUUUCAGUUAUUUCAAGUUUUUUUUCAAAGUAUUCAGAUAUUCAACUACUUGUAUUCUCAAAGAAUAUUGGAAUGUAUUUGCAAAUACACUGAAGUAUUGGAAAUGUAUUUGCAAAUACUCAAAUACACAGACAAGUGUAUUUAAGUACAAAUAUUUAAAUACUCACAUGCAUUUGAACCCAUGUCCUAGGAGUAUUUGAAAUAAUGUUUUGAAAAUAUCUUCACAUAGUAGGCUAUUUAUAUGAAAUUCUUUGAAAAUACUUACAAUAGAAGUAGUUAAUUUGACACAUUAUUUGAAAAUACUUUAAAAUAUUUAAAUGAAUAACUAAAUACACAUGUAUUUGAACUCAGGUCUGCUUGCUACUAUGACAUGUAAGGUGUACAUAUAGUUAACUAAUUGUAUUCAGUGUAUAGACUAAUGUAAAAAUUAUUUGUCACACUGUCCCCUCUACUUCAAUCAUGAUUCCUUAGGAGACAUGGUGGUAAAAAUGUACUACACUGACAACACUUUAAUAUUCACCAGCUUUUCAAAUUUGGUACAAUAUAAUAUACUUACAAGCACAUCAAGGCAAUUAUAUGGGGAUAAUUACAACUCUACUGCCGCUGUAAAUUUGCAAUUUUUUAAAACUUAUUAUAUAUAAAAGUGAGUUCACUCUAGAAUUAAAGUUAGCCUGAUGUUUUCAGACCUCAAAAGUGGACUAGACGUGGUUAUCAAACAUGAAUAGGACUACAUUAAUAUCUGAAUGUAUCUGAAACGUUACUUAUUCUGAACUGUGUAGUAUACCAAUUGUUUUUACAGUAAAACAACUAUAAGCUGCUAUGCUGCUGUAAGCCUUAUGAUUAACCCCCUUUGUAUUCAGUAUUGUAUCAAUGCUGAUACAUGCUAAUAACAACACAAGUGACAUUCAAUUCUCAUGUGCCUUUUAAAUAAUUGAUUUCUCUUAAAUACAUUAAACGUGUUGAAGAAGCACAAAUGACA